AUGCAUGCUCCAAGUUCCAUUAUGAUGAAUCCGGGAAGUGCACAAAGAAGAUACUUAUUGCAACCCAUUGCUCUGGAGAUUUUCUCAUCUGAUGGCAGAAACUACUUACUUGCCUUGCCUAGGAAACUUCGUAAUAAAAUAUAUCAGAGACUGAUGGUAGUCUGCACAGGCCUGGCAGACAAUGCACAGCAGUCUGUUGAAGGCCAGAGGCGGUCUGCAAGUGUAGAGCAGGCUGGAGGUCUGUUCUCAUCUAUAAUUGGAGAAACUUCUGUCACACACAGAUGGGUGCGUGGUGAAAUCAGCAACUUCCAGUACCUUAUGCACCUGAACACACUGGCUGGUAGGUCAUACAAUGACCUGAUGCAGUACCCGAUCUUUCCUUGGGUCCUAGCCGACUAUGCAUCUGAGGAACUGGACCUGACGAGCUCCAUCACCUUCAGGGAUCUUUCCAAGCCUAUGGGGGCACAGACCCCCGAAAGGCUGGAGCAGUUUGCCAAGCGCUAUCGGGAGUGGGAUGACCCUUCUGGCGAGACCCCACCCUACCACUAUGGCACCCACUACUCCUCAGCCAUGAUCGUCUCUUCCUACCUCGUCCGGAUGGAGCCCUUCACUCAGCAUUUUCUCAGGUUACAGAUUUGGUUACUGCUUCAUGCAGAAGUGGAUUUACUUCACAGUCCGAGGGUAGUAUAUUCCAUGUUUAUUUUAAUGGUUCUGGGAAGCAUCAUAGGUGGCCACUUCGACUUGGCUGACCGUAUGUUCCACAGCAUGAAGGAGGCGUGGCACUCUGCCUCGCGUAACAACAUGCUGAUGUCAAGGAGCUCAUUCCUGAGUUCUUCUAUUUACCUGAAUUCCUCAUCAAUUCCAAUAGAUUUGACUUGGUUAGUGGUUGUAAACAGAGUGGGACACAGCUAG